AUGUCGGAUAAAGAAGACGCUUCGGAUCAAGAUGGCGCGCCCAGAGCCACGCCUACUUUCGACGACAUUCUCUGCGCAAUCGGCGAGUUAGGGCCCUGGCAGAAACUCCUGUGUUGCCUGGUGCCGUUGGUGGGGGUCAUGGACGGCUUAAACGCCUUGGCUCAGGUGUUCUUCGCCGGGGAGGCCGACCACUGGUGCCGCGUGGCCUCCUGGGAGGAAGCCAACUGCACUAGCACGCCCUCUCCCGACGAUUGGGAGUGUCUAGUGGAGAAGAGGAACGCCUCAAUCCCGUUCAACGCCACUACGGAGGCCUUUGAUAGCUGUCACAUGUACGAUGUGAGAGGUGUCGAGUUUGCAGUGGGAUUUAACGCGAGUGGUUCCGCCAAUCUGACGAUUGAGUGCCCGGAUGGGUGGGUUUAUGACACGAGUCAAUAUAAGACAACCAUUACCAAUGAGUUUGAUCUAGUGUGUGACAAGAAGGGCGCCGUCAGCUUUUUGCAGUCCAUCUUCUUUGCCGGAUUUCUGGUCGGGUCGGUGGUUUUCGGAUCGCUUGCAGACUUGCUCGGUCGUAAGCCAACCAUCUACAUCGCCUCUGCGCUCCUCCUCCUAGCAUCGAUUGGUAACGUCUUCUCGCCCAAUGUCAUUGUGUACAUGGUGAUGCGAUUCUGCAUAGGUGCCGGGGUCAUGGGCGCGUUCCUCGCCGCCUACGUCCUCGUUACGGAGUACAUUGGCCCCAGCAAGCGUGCCCUGGUCGGCGUCGCCCUGCAGGCAUUCUUCGCCUUCGGCCUGACUGUCCUCCCGUUGCUAGCUUACUCGAUACGUACAUGGAGGCUACUCCAGCUCGUCAUUGCGCUGCCUACCGUCUUGUAUUUCCUCCUUUUCUUUUAUAUGCCAGAGUCAGCCCGUUGGCAGAUGUCGAAAGGAAGAUACAAACAGGCCGAGAAGACGUUGAGGAAAGUGGCGGCCACAAACAAGAAGGAAUUUCCCGAGGAAAUGUUCUCACCCGAUGUCAUUGGCGCAGCUAAGGAAGAAUCUGGUGGUCAGCAAACAGUCGUCGGGCUUUUCCGUACACCAAACAUGUGCAUCAAGACACUAAAUCUUAUGUUUAACUGGUUUGUCAACAACAUGGUGUACUACGGUCUCGGCCUGAGCACCUCUGAUUUCGGGGUCGAUGACUACGUUGCCGCAGCCAUUGCAGGGUUCGUCGAGUUCCCUAGUAUCGUCUACUGCGUUAUUGCUCUUCAGUAUUCAGGCCGAAGAGUUAACCUGAGCGGGACCAUGGUGGUCGGCGGGAUAGCUUGCGUCAUUUGUGCUUUUCUGGAAAUGGGCGUGGCUCGGACGAUUAUCGCCAUGGUCGGCAAAUUUUGCAUUUCUGCGUCCUUCGCAAUUAUCUACGUCGUGUCCGGAGAAAUCUUCCCUACACCAGUCAGGAGUGCCGGCAUGGGCUUGUCCUCCAUGGCCGCCCGUAUCUCUGGCAUCAUAUCCCCCUUCAUGUUGGAGCUCAAGUCGCUCUGGGCUCCGCUGCCGUUCGUGGUGUUCGGGGUUCUGUCAAUUGCCGCCGGCUCCCUGGCCCUCCUGCUUCCCGAGACGAAAGAUAAGAAACUUCCCGAGACGAUGGAAGAAGGAGAAGCGUUCGGGAAGCCCAAAUGUUUUGGAGGCAGCGGUAUCAACGAUGAAAGCGUUGCCUUGGCAACCGACGUAGACUCCCCUCUAGGCGUCUCUGAUAAUCUCUUUGACAAACGUGAACAUCUGACGCAGAAUGACAGCUUUUGGCGGUCUUUUGAAGGUUUGGCCGAGAUUUACGAGGACGUGUGGGGCUCAAAAAUCACGCGCCUUCGUUGAAGGGCGUUGACAUGCGGGGAAAUGGGUACAAUGUUGAAGAAAUGCUGCUCUUGUCAUCCUACAUACCUUACAUCUUCCCGCAAUUUGAGUUCAUUUACCAGGAAGUUUAUAUAUUGUGAGAAAUAUUAUCGUUGUCCCCGAAAAUCCAAGCAUUCCAUUCUUUUCAAUUUGUUGAAGUAUAGGCUAUAUCAUAACAGUAAUGUUAUGGCAUUCAGUUGUAUGAAUCUUUGUAGACAUUUUUAGCACUAUACGUUUGUACAUAAUUAUUAUAGUGUAAUAGGGCAGAAAUUUAGAUUUUAUA